AUGAGGGUUCUCAACGCCACUCUUUUAGUCCUUUGCUCUGCGCUUGGCGUCCUUGCGACACCUCAGGGAAAGAGCGUCAAAGGACAAGCUUGCACAAAUGGACAAUUCAGUGGAGUUUGCGGUGCCGACGGCCGGUGCGGACUAAACAUCCCGCCGAACGAGCUGUCACGUCAAUUCGUUGCUGGUCAAUGCGGCCGAUGA